AUGAGUCGGACGUCCGGAAGAAACGGACCAAGAAGACCUGGAAGUCAUGGAGAAGGUGAGAAGACGAAAACUACGUCACCUAAACGGUCUUCAGGAGAGGAUAAAGGGCCGAGCAAAGGGUUUGGGCCGCUAAAUCUGUUUAUUAUGCAUGAGGCCGAACAACAGCGCUCUGUCGGAGGUGGAGACAGGAAUCAGGGCACAUCGGAUGUAAUUGUAAAACUGGAGAUGGCCAUUGAUAUCGAGUGA